CACAGAAAUGCUUGAAGUUCUUCGACAGAGACUCACGUUAUUGUACCGUUUUGAAACGCUAAAUUACACGCAGCUUUGACCAAUUUCAAAAGAUUACUGCCACCAUGGAUUGUGUAGUUGAAGAUAACGUGUUACAUACCAACCACGACAUAAUUCAGCAGUCACACGUUGCAACGAACAUUCAGGAUGGAAGACCAUUUCCAGAAUGGUGUGGAAGAUAUGUUACGAUACAGGAAACUAAUGAAAAAAGCAAACCUUCCAAAUACAAAGAGCCUUCAUGGUUUAUCGUACAAACCUUAGAGAGGGGCUGUGACAACAAUCUCUUAUGUUUAUACAGCUUUGUGACCCGUUACUGGUUAUCAACGGACCACAAGUUUCUGCUGUACCCACCAUGUACUACAUCAGAAGGCAAUUUGAAUCCUGCGUGUUGGGGGGAAAAAACAUUUGAAAGAUUCCACCAUCCAUUCAAUACUUGGCUGGAAUACGAUGUUCAUAAUAUUAUGAAUCCAGAGAACAAGCCUGUGAAUUUUACGAGAGCUUACCUACUUUUACGAGAGGAAAACGUGAAGACAGCAGUCCGCCUACAGUUGUUACGGCAAUCAGAACAAGUUCCGUCAUCAACAUUAUUCAAAGUAGCAACAGUGGCGAACCAAGGGCCCAACUUUUGAAGCGCCAGUACCUAAUACUAUUUACGAGGCAGAACUGCAGUCCAAAAUUGAUGCUUUGGAGAAGAACAUAAAGAAAUUCAAAAAACCCACUGAAUAACUUACAAAUUUUUGGUUUAAAUGUCCUAAAAGAUGUUUUUUCUGUGUUCUCGCCAUGCCGUGUUGGCCACAUUGCGCCUUUCUAGUCUUUGUGCCCUGUUGUUAUGUUGCCAGAACGAACUGGAUUAUCAGUCAU